UUCUGCUUCAUUCAUAAAGCAGUGGGACUCGCGCGAGCUGCUGCACGCUAGAGUAAAAGUGUCCCCUUUCUAACACUACCAAUACGCGCGCGUGUACGAUCACUGCUUUACCGUGAUAGCGUUUUCACUCGGGCACGUAACAGGGGAAUCUGUGGGGAAGCGCGCGCGGGUCUCUCUGCUGUGCUGUAUGCACGGUCACGCGCUCUGAGUGCACGCGGCUGCGUGUCUCAUGUUCGUGUCGCUGAGACCAGCGCAUCAGUUGCUCCGGGUUUCUCGCGCUGUCCUCCGUCCCUGCUGUCCCUGCUGUCCCUGUCCACCCAUACUAAACUGCGCUAACACCUGGAGCUCGCACAUACCUGAAGAAAUCCCUGGAGACGCUUGCACUGAAAUGGGUCGCAAAGAGGCUGGCUAUGAUUGGAAGAAGAGCACUGACAACAUUCAAGAAGUGUUCGACUUCAUAGAGGUGCUCGGAUCGGGAGCAUUCUCUGAGGUGUUCAUGGUGAAGGAGAGGAAAACAGGAAAGCUCUUUGCCAUUAAGUGUGUGAAGAAAAAGAACAAAAGGGACAUUAACUUGGAGAAUGAGAUUGCUGUGUUAAGGAGGAUUAAACAUGAAAAUGUUGUGGGGUUGGAAGAUCUCUACGAAAGUCGCACUCAUUACUAUCUUGUCAUGCAGCUUGUUUCAGGUGGUGAACUGUUUGAUCGGAUCCUGGACAGGGGAGUGUACUCGGAGAAGGAUGCCAGCUUAGUGAUAAAGCAGGUACUCGAGGGCGUUAACUACCUGCAUAAGAAUGGCAUAGUACAUCGCGAUCUCAAGCCUGAGAACUUGUUGUACUACAGUCCAGAUGAGAAGUCCAAGAUAAUGAUCAGCGAUUUUGGACUUUCAAAGAUGGAGGACAAGGGCAUCAUGUCCACAGCCUGUGGUACCCCAGGCUAUGUGGCUCCAGAGGUGUUAGCUCAGAAGCCCUACAGUAAAGCAGUGGACUGCUGGUCUAUUGGAGUUAUUACCUACAUACUUCUCUGUGGAUAUCCUCCCUUUUAUGAGGAAUCUGAGACUCGUCUUUUCUCGAAGAUCAUGAAAGCCCAGUAUGAGUUUGACUCUCCCUUCUGGGACGACAUCUCAGAAUCUGCAAAGGAUUUCAUCCGCAACAUGAUGCAGAAGAGUCCUAAUUUGCGCUACACAACAGAGCAAGCUCUUAGACAUCCCUGGAUCAUUGGAAAGACUGCCCAAAGCCUUGAUAUCUACCAUUCCGUCAGUGUGCAGAUCCAGAAGAACUUUGCCAAGUCCAAGUGGAAGCAAGCUUUCAAUGCUACAGUGGCCAUCAACCACAUGAAGAAACUACAGCUUGCUCAUGGUGAGGCCUCAGUCAAACAGAGCCAGACACAGAUUCAGCUGCCUGAUAUUAAAGUCAUUUCAACAUCGUACCCUGAAGCAACAGACAACAAUCUGAUCCAUGACAGUCUAGAACCCAAUGGCAACCUGCCUUGCAGUUAUAUGACAUUGCCAUCUGUUUCCAUGGAAACAAAGACCCAGUACCUACUGCCGAAGGUCAGCCAUAGUGUUACGCUCACAGUCACUGAGAAGACCAAGCAUGUGUACCACUCCGAACCAGGAAACCUAAAUGGGUAUCAGAAGACAGGCACCAAUAGCAGUGGGGAGAAACUUCAGACCGGUGUCUGCUGUGUCAUGUGAUUGGCCAUUGCAGCAUUAUGAGUGACCUUUAAUAGAUCUGUGACCUGUCUCUUAGCCACUGGCUACAGAAGUUGGCAUUUCUUGCUGCUUUGGGCUUUGGCUCCUUUGGGAUAUGGAGUGAUUAUAAGACAGCUGACCUGCUGCUUGUUGGCUUCACCAAUGUAUUGGAGUUGAGAAGAGUGCCUCCAUAUCACCCACAAAUGCAUAGACAUGACAAUACAUAUAACACAUGGCAAACAACAUGCAGUACCCUCUGAGAGCAGAACAACAUGCUUAGGCACCUGGUUGUAUUAUAGCGCAAAGAUCUUGUUCCUCAGGACUGAUGUAACUCCAGCCCUGUGUAUUAUUUCUAUACAGAUCUUUCCAUUUUAUCCAGAACUUGUGUGCUUCAUAUUACACUGAGUAUUGGUGUUGUGAUAUUUUAUUAUUUAUUUCCUAAUGGUCUGUGAUUUGCUGUGAUAUUUAACUCUGAAUUAUUUAGGCCCACCUCUGAUUUAUGUAUCAGGAAAAAAAUACUAAAUUCAUUCAAGUAGGUUUAAUUGCUGAAGCCAGAUGGGGACACUGUGGUUGCCAGGUAUUCCCUCUUGCCAUUCCAUUACAGUAAUAGUUAAAUUUUUUUUUUCUUGCUUAAUAUAUCUUAGAGCCAAAGUUUAUUUUUAUAAUAAAUAUAUGAAUAUUAUGUACAAGCAGAAUUAUGUAUUUUGUUUUAUAAUAACCUGUAUAUCACUAUACCCACCACAAAAUAAUGUCUUUCCUUUUUUAUAUAUAUAACCAUUUGCCAAUGUACCUAACACUCCUGAAAAGUGUGGGCUUUUUGUAAAUAUAAUUGUUAAUAGUCAGUUAUCAUGUGAGACAUAAAUAAUGAAUAAGUGUCCUAAUAUUUCAGGUUUGUGUUGACUUCUCCUAUUAUUGUGCAAUAUUCAAUACAACCCUUGAAUAAAAAUCCAAGUUUCCCAAUGUUAUGUCAUAAUUAUGUAAUUAUCCUCUUCCAUUAUUAAGGAUGAAAGAAUUUUACUUUAAUUAGAGCUUAAUACAAAAUGUUAGUCCUCAGUUGUGACAUUCCCACUGGUAGAUAGGAAAUACAUAGAUCUAUAGAAAAGGUUCAUUUCAUUUAGCUAUGUUGUGAAUUAUUUAUUUGUACAGUCCUUUUUUAAAUGACAAUGAUAUAGCACAGCACAUGUGAGCAUCACAUUCAAAUGGCUCUUGAAGCUAGUAAAACUACUGAAGCUAGAAGCAUUAUGUGUUUUUGGUUGUCCCUCUGGGGGAAUCCUUAUGGAUUGCGUGUCUCCUUAUCAGAAACGCUCCAAGCAUAACCAUUAUAGUAAGCCCUGACUAUUCAAAGAAGUUGUUUAUUAUAUCGUAAACUAGAAAAUGGAAGUAGGUAAUAAUGAAAGGUAAUAAUGUGUCCACACAAAUGUACUUUUAAAAGCAUUUAAAAAUAAAAACUAGUUAGUUUUCAACAUGGUCUUUCACCAGCAAAUUUAAACCAUUUUAUAUGACCCGAUUUCUAUGAAGAGACAAAGCAGCACAAGGAGACACCUACAGGCACAAUGUAACACAUAAAAAAAUGGAGUG